GGCGGCAAGAACCGCAGACGUGGUACCAAGGAGAACGAUGACCAGCGCCGAGAGCUCACCUUCAAGGAGGAUGGUCAGGAGUACGCCCAGGUCGUGAAGAUGCUCGGCAACGGUCGUCUCGAGGCCCUGUGCUUUGACGGCAGCAAGCGUCUCGCCAACAUCCGCGGCAAGAUGCGCAAGAAGGUCUGGAUCAACCAGGGCGAUAUUAUCCUCCUCUCCCUCCGCGACUUCCAGGACAACAAGGGCGACGUCAUCCUCAAGUACACUGCCGACGAGGCCCGUACCCUCAAGUCCUACGGCGAGCUCCCCGAGAACGCAAAGAUCAACGAGACCGACUCGUUCGGCCAGGGCGAGGACGGCGAGGCCUACUUCGAGUUCGGCGAUGCCGACUCGGAGGAUGAGUCCGACGCUGGCCCCGGCGGCAAGAAGGAGGUCGACAUCGACGACAUUUAA